GGCCCAGGAAUGCCGCCUUCGCCGCCGCCAUCGGCGCUGCACUGAGAGCCGCAGGCGAAGCGCGCGUCGCGGCGCUUCAUCCGGGUGAAGCGGAACACGGCCAGUCCAAUGGCCUGCGGUGCUUGGACAUCGGCACCGGCACCGGCCUCCUGGCCCUGAUCUGCCGUGACCUCGGCCGCGACCUGCCAGGACUGCAGGUCCACGCCUGCGAGGAGAACCCUUUGCUCUUUUCCAUGGCCAAGGAGAUCAGCCGAGGCGCGGCAGCGAGCUCCACCUCGGUGCUGCAUUUGGCGAACAGCCGCUCCUUGCAGCUGGACCCCUUCGAUCUCAUUUUCUGCGAGGCGGUGGAUGCCGAGCUCCUGGGCGAAGGUUUCUUGGGGACGGCAAUGGACGCCUGCGAGCGCCUCUUGAAGCCCACUGGCCAGCUCAUCCCAUGCGGCGCCACGGUGUAUGGCCAACUCAUCUGCUGCCCCGCCCUGCAAGCCUUUUUCUCUUGCGACGGAUUUCAGCUGCGUGGCGAAUGCAUCCUCCGCAGAGACGGAGCACUGUGCGACUUUUUAGACAAGAUGGAGCACCGAAUCCUCAGUGAGCCUGUGGAGCUGCUACGGGUUUGCUUCGACGAGGUCGAGCAGAUGCGAGAGCUGCAGGGGAGCACGCGACUGGCCAGACUAUUGGCGCUGGAGGAGGCAACAGCGCACUGCAUCGUGGUCUGGUGGGACCUUCACUUAGACAAGCUGGGGAACUCCAUUUCCUCGCGCCCAGGGCGCUUGGAGAACCACUGGCCUCAGGCCAUUUGGCCUCUGUGGCAUGACGAGGAGAAUCGGCUUGGGCGGCGUGUGGCGGCGGGUGAGCAGGUGCCUGUGCAGGUUAAGGUCGUCGAGGAUCGGAUCGAUGUGAGUGAGGUUCGAGAAGGCACAGAGAAGGGCGCGCAGGAUCCAUCGCAGGAGCUCAAAGUCUCCAGCGAGGAGAUGCAGUGGCUGAACGACACCUUGCUGUGGAAGAGUCUGGAGGCGCACUGCCGCGGUGGUUUCGACCGCGUCUUGGACGGGUCAAAGUUGCUGCCUGCUGGCCUGGUGGUUGCAUCGCGGACUAUGGACGGCCAGCCGCUCAUGGCAUGUGCCGCCCGGGGCAGCUCAAUCCGGUGGCUGGAGGCAUGCGGAUUGCAAGCCCACGGCCUCGACUGCGCUCCUUCGGACGUGGUCCACUCUGCGCUAUCUUUGCCAGCCUGCUCAAAGGCCAGCUCGCUGGCGUUGCUGGUGCCAGACGUGGUGCAGCGAUCAGGCGAAGCCAGGCCCCAGACGCUGGCGGAGAUCGUCGCAGCUCACGAGCUCUGUGCAGCAAUGGGCAAGACGUUGACGGUCUUGCCGCGCGCUCUGCGCCUAACGCUGACCUGCAUCGAGAGCCCAGCGCUCGCAAGCCGGAGCCGUGUCUUGCGGCCUGUUGACGUGGGAGGGGGUCGAAGCAUUGACGUGAGCGGCUUGAACAUGCUUGCGCCCAGCACCUUCGAUAGCAUCUCCCAGGCGAAGCUGGAGCAGAAGCAGCUGGCACCCCCGCAAGCUGUGCUCGAGCUCGCCCUGUCGAGCGAGCUGGUGGAGACCCUCAAAGGUCUCAACGGGCGGAGGCUCAGGCUGGGCCCUGUGACGUGCGCCGGGCAACUGCACGGCGUGCUUUGCGAGUGGUCCUGGUUGCUCCCCGAGCUCGAACAACGCCUGAGCUUUGAGAAGGCCGGAGCUAUCUGGCCGCAGGAUGUGCCGGGCGCGGUUCGCGUGGGCGACUUUGUGAUGGUCCGGCUUCGCGCGGAUUUUGCGCAGGGUGUGAGGGUCGUGCCGCUGCAGAUCCAGCGUCCAGCGUGACAGGUUGCGCAGAAUCGCCAAAGAACAAGCCCAGCGGCCA